AUGGACAAUCCGAGCGAAACAUCCCCAAUUAUCUACAGAGACGCCGCCACCUUCGCCCUUAACAUCGGCGCUGAAAAUCAGGAGCUUCUGAAUGCGUUAUCAACAGCCAUUAACAAUGACGACCAUGGCCUUGCUUUGGAGACAUCCUCGAGUAUUAGUUUUAUUUCAAGAAGGCUGUAG